AUGAAUAUGACAGAUACUUUAGAAAUAGAAAAUAAUUGUCUCCGUGAAAAAAACAAUGAAUUGGCUCAAGAAAUUCAGCACUGGAAAAUGGCUGCGGCUGAUAAGGAUAGCGAGAGAUUGAGCCUUUUAAAAAAAAUCAGUCAGCUAAAGCUACAACUCAGCAUGUUAAGAAAUAGAGGUGAUAGUCGUGCUCAACAACUUGAAUCAGCUAUACAGUUGUCAGCUGAGUCUGUUCUGUCACAUUUAGUACAGAGUUCCAAUGAGGUAGCCCACAUUAUAGAAGUAAUGAAAGGAUAUAUGCAAGAUCGACGGGAAAUUGACAGUUCCAGCCCACAAUGGACCAUCAAUAGUAGAAGUUCUGAUAAAGUUCACAAGGUGUUGCCGACGUUAAUGGGUGGAAGGUCUAUACAGCCAGUUGUGUCUUUGAGUCGGACUUUACCAAACAGUAAUGGAGGAGAAACUCAUUCAUCGGAAAUGCCACUCCCUAUGAGAGCUUUACAAGAACUAUACAUACCACUAACAAGGAUAGAUGCGGCGGAAACUUCACAGAAUAGUUACAAUUUAGAUGACAGCCACAGCACAGACAAUUUGGACUUAAAUGAUGAAUCUACGGCGCCAGAAGAAGAAAUGAACGACACCGUAUCAGAAAAUCAGGAGACUAGAAAUUUGGGUGUUGUUAAAGAGGAAGACGAAGAGACACAAUGUUCAUCACGAAGUAGUCGAGACGAGAACCCAUUGGAGGGGCCAAGCUGGUUACUUGACGCGUCUCCUUCUAGAAGUAACGACAAUAUAGGCCGAUCACCGCGCGCGUUCACGCCAACGGUACGACGUAAGAACAUCCGCCCUCGUCCCGAGCCACCUUGCUCGCCUGUUCUCAUACCAACCUUUAUGAAAAAAAACAAAGAAAACGGCCCCGUCUUAAAAGUGCUCGUCGCAAAGAUGAAGUUAAAAUACGAAGACAAUAACUCUGACGUGUUGUCUUUGAGAAAACGGUCGAUGGAAGACAAAGUCACAAUUAAGCCUCGGGACAGUCCGCAGUCCGGGGGUGAUGCUGUCCCGGCCAACUCGAAGGACUCGAGACUACCGGAGUCUCAUAAUAUUCCACAGGAUCCGUCCCAGGAAUAUCGCCUUUAUAGGAACGAUUCGCACGAACCAAAGAGACGGAAGCCCCCGGGUCCGCCUGCUAUGUAUUGUGUACCCAUAGAAACGCCAAAUGGCGGGACUGCGGACGAAAUUAAAUUCGACGCGCCAAGCCCGAAUGGCGCUACGGGUAGAAGUUUUAUUGUACAAGAUACCGCCCAGCCGGGGACCAGCGGCUUGAACCGUUUCGCUGUGUCCAGCCGCGACAGUCAAGCCAGGCGCCCCUCCCACCAUAGCCACAGCGACACAGUGAGCGACACCGACAGUGAAAUCCCCGAAACCAGGUCGAGGAGGCCAAGGAAGAACGUCGUGUAUAAGGAGAAGCCGCUCAAUAGGAAAAUGCGCAGAUGA